AGCGCGCAGACAAACAGAAGCGAGGCUCUGUCAAAAGACGUCUGUUCUCCCAAAUCAGAACCCACGUGAAACCGGCCCAUUUAAAAAAAAUUAAAAAGCCUAGUUAAUAGAUCUAGAAUUUUGACAUUAUAUUUCAAUUAUAAUGAUGACUGGAAGCUAUUGAAACUGUUUUAUUUUAAAUUCCAAUUAGAAGGCAAACCUGCUGUGUAGAAACAAAUGUAAACAGACGCCAUUGAUUAGAUACUGAAGUCACUCAUCUGGUGACAUGAACAACUUGACAGCCGACAAGAGCUACAGCAACUCAACGAAUGUAUAUUUGUGUUUACUCCAUAAUUGGUGUGCGUAUUUAAUGUAAGUAGUUUCAUUAUCAUCUUGGUUUUAUUGGUGAUGCGUUUAAAAACUGUCAAUACAAGAAGUCCUAUAAUCUUGCUUUAAUGAAUGGAAAGAUGAGACGUCUGUGGUACGCUAAACUUCUGUGCAAGGUGUUGACGAAACCACUCCUGUUGUCCUGCCUAGCGAUGGCCAACGUUUUUGUUCUUCUGUAUAGCAUCUCAUCCUCUCAAUCUUUUGAGGUGCCGCCUGUUCGCUUGGUCACGAGAUCUUCCAGAAUUCUGACAGUACACGAAGACAGACCGCAAAUAGAUUCUCAUUCGACUAUAUUGAACAAAGAGAAGCUCGAAAGAAAGGAAGUCAACUAUGACGAUACUCAAUUUAAAAAUGCUAGACCACAUUUCGGCGAUGACAUAACGAAACAUCAUAUUGGAAUAACCCAGAGCCCAAUGCCCAUCAACAUGAGUAGCUAUCAGACUAAGGAUUAUAAACCAAAGUUGAAACGAUAUUUCUUAUAUAGAAAUACAGAUGUUCUUGAAAAGCAGUUCAGAGACUUACUGGAAAUGUUCGACAAUCUGUUAACUGAUAAAGACGUGGGCUACUUCUUGUACGGUGGCUCAUUACUGGGUUCCUAUCGCCACCAUGGACUCAUUCCUUGGGAUGACGACGUAGACGUCAUGGUCUCUUUUUCUGAACGUCCAUUGCUGAGGCAUCUGCUGAAUCGUCUUGCCCCGAAAUUUGAGCUCAGUGCACAAAAGACGUGCUCUUGGAAGCUUUAUCCAGCGUCAGGGCUGCCUUUAAAAGGGCUUGCUUGGAAGUGGCCGUAUUUGGACAUAUUUUUCUAUCAGGAGAACGCCACCCAUAUCUGGGACGUGUGUGCCUCUUACAUCUCCGAGUUUUCCUUCAAUAAGUCUGUAGUGUUUCCUCUUCAAAGAAGGCCAUUCCUAGGACUGAAACUGUUAGCCCCUCUUUAUACGAAAGCUGUGAUAGAGAAUAAUUACAUCAUAGAGGACUGCCAGUCUAGCACAUUUAUCCACAGAUGGGAAAUCCAAAAAGAUCCUAUCAUUGUUCCAUGCUCCUGGCUACAUUCCAUUCAUCCUUUUGUUACUAGGACGUUUACAGAUGGUGGAUGUAAUGAGACACUCGUUCACCAAGGAAAAAUUAUCAAUGUGUUUUUGGAUCGUGGAAUAGCAUGUUGAUGUGUAGUCCCAUGUUGAUGUGUAGUCCCAUGUUGAUGUGUAGUCCCAUGUUGAUGUGUCGUCCCAUGUUGAUGUGUAGUCCCAUGUUGAUGUGUAGUCCCAUGUUGAUUUGUAGUCCCAUGUUGAUGUGUCGUCCCAUGUUGAUGUGUAGUCCCAUGUUGAUGUGUCGUCCCAUGUUGAUGUGUAGUCCCAUGUUGAUGUGUAGUCCCAUGUUGAUGUGUCGUCCCAUGAUGAAAGUUUGUUUCAUUUCCUUCUUCAAGAUGUACAGGAAAAACAAAAUAAAAUGUUUUUAAACUUAUACUAAACGCAAAAAAGCUGAAUUUUAAUGUUUGCGCACUUGGAAACAAGUCAAUCAUAUACUCAGUCUUUGGUUCUGUGGCUAACCUUGGACAUGGACAUACCGUGAUCAGCGUUUUGACCAAGUCCUUAUUCGUGGCAUUUAAAGUUAUGUUAUCUAUUCUACUGGGAAGAUCAAAAUUCGAACCUAGACCCCGCUAUAACUUGACCUACAAUUCUAUAAGAAAAGAAAGCGGUAAUCCAGACACUGAACUAAACGCAUAUGUUACAGUUACACAUAUGUGAGAAUACAGACUCGGUUCUUUCAUUGCCACUGAGUUGGCACAAUACAAAUCCUCACCAGUAAAUCCCAGAGCUUGUGUCACAUACGCUAUUGGAAGGAUGAGUACUUGCCCUUUGACAGUCUUCUAGACAUUCUCCUGGCCUACAAUCUUAUCGCGUAUAAGGAUCGUAAUAAUACGAAUGUAGCAUUUAAAAGAGGCAUUACAUUAUAACUGUUUACAUUUGCUUAGCUUGAUGAAUAUGGCUUGAUUCAAUUUGAGAUUUGGGCUUGCACAUUUUUUGUUUAAAUGCUCACACAAGAAGUUGCGCUAAGUUGGACUGCUGUUUGAAAUCUUAAUUUUGUGUGAAUCCUUUGUUUGAUUUUUGUUGUUAAAAUAAAUUGAAAUGAUAGUA